AUGAGCGAUACCGAAGCACAGACGAUGCGCCUCGGACUGACCUCGAUACGAUCUGCGGUGAAGCGAAAGUUCGCAGCAGCUCAGACUUCGGGCGACCUUAUCUUCUCCGAGACCGAGGUCACCCUUCUCAGGACGAAGCACGGCCUGACCAUAAUCCGCGGCCAGGCACCCGAGAAUCCGAUCUACUUACAAUUCCAGCUCCGGUACUGUCCGGCUCUGGGGAAGAAGCCCACUGAUGACAAAGGAGCGACACCCGCUAAGAAGACCAAGUUCGACCCCUUUGAGGACCCGUCAGUCGAGCUCCUUGUAGCUAGAAUACCAGCAGCGAAUCACAAGUACAACCUAGUCCUCAACAAGUACCCAGUGAUACCGAAUCACUUCAUCCUCGCCACGAAAGUGAAUCUCCCACAAACAGAUCUCCUUGACCCCGAAGACCUUGCUACCGCGUACGCGUGCCUCAGAGCAUGGCGGGACGAUCAUUCCUCGGACCCAACCGAGGACAACGACCUCUUUGCUUUCUUCAAUUCCGGACCAGAUAGCGGCGCAAGCCAACCUCACCGGCACAUCCAAUUCCUACCAGUUGGGAACAUGAAGCAUGGUCUCACUCCCGAGGACGCGCUGCCGUGGCAGCCACUGAUGAAGGAUCUUCGAGUGCCACACCCGCUUGCUUCGCGGCUUCCUCAGGCGCUCAAAUACGAUCCGAGACUACCAUUCCUGAUGCUCAAUACGCCACUGAGCGACGGCUUGGCUAGCCCUUCCAAGCUGUACGAACGGUAUCUGUUCCUUCUUCGCGCGGCGAGAGUUCUGUCACAGACUCCAUCGAUAGCAUCAUCGGACGAGCCAAUCGACCUCAGCUCCAUAGACAUAACUAACCCUCCAGAAUCGAAACAUGUCAGCUUCUCCUACAACUUGGCAUUGACGCUGAAGCACAUGGCAAUAUGCCCGCGGAGGUCGGAGACUACGGACAUACCUGGUCUCGAGGCUGGGAAACAUCAAGUAGCGCUCAAUGGGACAGUGCUGGGCGGGACAAUGAUGGUCAAGCACGCCGAGGAGUGGGAGACACUGAAGAACAUGAAUGGUACGGAGGAGCUAGAGGAGAUGCUUUCGAAGAUUGGGUUCCCUCCGACUAGUACAUCUGACGAUGAACGCAGUGGGAAGUUAUGA